CUCUCUUCUCUUCGUCGAUCGUGGCCGAUUCAGUCGCCGGGACGAUUUGCCGCCGGUGACGGUCCUGGUCUGCGUAUUUUCCUGCCGUGAUUCCGUCGGUAGUCGCGUCGCGUCUCCAUCUCCGGUGGUUUCAGUUUUUCAGUGCGGGGUGCAGUGAGCGAACAUGAUUGACAGGGCACCAGCUACGCCAUCCUCUAAGGUGCGAAGAACCCCUUCAUCUACACCGGGGGCACCACGUCGAGAGGAGAAGAUAUUUGUCACCGUCCGUCUGAGGCCUUUAAGUCGGAGAGAACAAGCAUUGUACGACCUGAUUGCAUGGGAAUGCGCUGAUGACAACAUUAUCAUUUACAAGAAUCCCAAUCAAGAACGUGGUGCAGCUUCCUACGGAUUUGAUAGGGUAUUUGGUCCUACAAGUUCGACUUGCAUGGUGUAUGAAGAAGGAGCCAAAGAUGUUGCCCUCUCAGCCCUCAAAGGAAUUAAUUCAACUAUUUUUGCUUAUGGGCAAACCAGUAGCGGGAAAACAUACACCAUGAGAGGAAUCACUGAGAAUGCUAUCAAGGACAUCUAUGAACACAUCAAGGAGAACCCGGAGAGAGACUUUGUUCUGAAGGUUUCAGCAUUGGAGAUAUACAAUGAAAGUGUUGCAGACCUUCUGAAUCAUGAUUCUGGUCCUCUUCGGCUCCUCGAUGAUCCUGAGAAAGGGACCAUUGUGGAAAAAUUAGCUGAAGUAGUUGUUAAGGACAGUCAACACUUGCAUCACUUAAUUGGUAUUUGUGAAGCUCAAAGGCAAAUUGGAGAAACUGCUCUAAAUGAUAAAAGCUCGAGAUCUCAUCAGAUAAUUAGGCUGACGAUUGAGAGCAGUCUCAGAGAGAACUCAGAGUGUGUGAAGUCAUUCAUUGCCAGUUUGAAUCUUGUGGACCUCGCUGGAAGUGAGCGUGCAUGUCAAACAAAUGCAGGUGGCACAAGACUGAAGGAAGGCAGUCAUAUCAACCGCAGUUUGCUUACAUUAACUAAUGUCAUUAGAAAGCUAAGUGUUGGAAAAAGGAGUGGGCAUAUACCAUACAGAGAUUCUAAGCUUACAAGAAUACUGCAGCCCUCCCUUGGAGGAAAUGCUCGAACAGCAAUAAUUUGUACCAUGAGUCCAGCUCUGAGUCACGUAGAGCAGUCAAAAAACACGCUUUCUUUUGCAACAAGUGCUAAGGAAGUCACCAACACAGCCCAAGUAAACAUGUUUAUAUCUGAGAAAAAGUUGGUGAAGCGUCUUCAGAAGGAAGUGGCCAGACUUGAAGCAGAGCUGCGGAGUCCAGAUCUUUCAUCCUCUUCGCGUUUAACAGCCCUACUGAGGGAGAAGGACAUGAAAAUCCAGGAGAUGGAGAGGGAAAUGAAAGAGCUCAAGCGCCAGAGAGAUCUAGCACAGUCCCAGCUUGAAGUAGAAAGAACACAGCAUAAGGAACGCAAGGGCCUCAAUCAAGAAGGACCUUCAAGUCAGGUAGUUAGGUGUCUUUCUUUUCCAGUGGAGAUGGAAACAGGGCCUGGUAGAUCUACUCCUGUAACUCGACCAAGAAAUGCAUUUGGGGGGCAUUCGACACUGAGGCAGUCAAUUACCUCAAUUGACCCUUCCAUGCUCGUACAUGAAAUUCGGAAAAUAGAAGAGCGCCAAAGGCAGCUCGGGGAGGAGGCUAACCGAGCAAUUGAGAUACUCCACAAAGAGAUCGCUUCCCACAGAUUAGGAAGUCAAGAGGCUGCAGAGAACAUAGCAAAGCUACUUUCUGAAAUCAAAGACAUGAAAGUAGUCAACUCUAUUCCUGAAGGUAUCAAGAUUGGAGAGACGGCCAAUCUGCAGGAAGAAAUCCUUCGACUAAACUCUCAAGAGAACAGCAUCGCAAUGCUGGAAAGGAAGCUGGAAUGUGUUCAGGAAUCAAUAGACAAGCUUGUUUCAUCUUUUCAGGCUAGUGCUGGGUCUCCAGAGGACAAGACCCAAUCGAAGAAGAAGAGGUCUCAUCCUUUCUCCUUGAGCAACAGUCCAAACAUCCAACACAUUAUUAGGUCACCAUGUUCACCAAUGUCCUCCUCUCGGAAGGUGAUGGAUUAUGAAACUGAGAACAAGGCUCCUGACGGAAAUGUUUAUGUUCCCAGUAGCGAAAUAAGUGAUGCAAGUAAGCAAUAUAUCUCGUCAAGAGAGGGAACUCCGACCCCGGGAAAAUCAGGAUCAGUUAAUGUGAAGAAGAUGCAGAAAAUGUUCAAAAAUGCUGCUGAGGAGAACAUCCGGAGCAUUAAAGCUUAUGUCACUGAAUUAAAAGAGCGGGUGGUCAAGCUUCAGUAUCAGAAGCAGCUUUUAGUUUGUCAGGUGUUGGAAUUGGAAACAAAUGGGACAACUAUGGACGGGGCGGAUACAAUAGAGCAGUCUCCCCAGCCAUGGCCCUUGAUAUUCGAGGAUCAGAGAAAGCAGAUCAUCAUGUUAUGGCAUUUGUGCCAUGUUUCGAUCGUGCACCGCACACAAUUCUAUUUGCUCUUUAGAGGGGACCCAUCAGAUCAGAUAUACUUGGAGGUUGAGCUCAAAAGGUUGACAUGGCUGGAGCAACAUUUGGCAGAGCUUGGCAAUGCGAGCCCGGCGUUGUUGGGUGAUGAACCGGCCGGAUCUGUUUCGUCAAGCAUAAAGGCUCUUAAGCAGGAGAGGGAGUACUUGGCGAAGAGGGUCAGCUCGAAGCUGAGUGCGGAGGAGAGAGAGAUGCUGUACGUGAAAUGGGAAAUCCCGCCAGUGGGGAAGCAGAGGAGGCUGCAGCUGGUGAACCGGCUGUGGACGGACCCUUACAACAUGCAGCACGUGCAUGAGAGCGCGGAGAUCGUCGCGAAGCUCGUCGGGUUCUGCGAGUCGGGCGAGCACGUCAGCAAGGAGAUGUUCCAGCUCAACUUUGUCUCCCCAAAUGACAAGAAGUCCUGGUUGGGCUGGAACUUGAUAUCGAACCUCUUGCAUCUGUAAGCCAACCUUUCAUGUGGGGAUGAUGAUGAUUGCAGGAGAUUGUCGAGGUUCGUUCCACGAGGCGAAGAUCGAGCGCGUGCUUAGAGAAGCCCGAAAGCGCGCCGACACUUAAGCUGGAACUGAAAGGAUCGGCGGCAAGAAUUCGUGAAUUUCUGAUGCUGCUCCUAGUUGGUUAACUGAUCUCUUUUGAUUACUGAUGUUAGGCUUAACGAGAGAUGUACCUAAUAUUGUCAAAACUGGUGUUUUGAUCACUCUGAU